CUCCAUGUAAUACAUCUCUCAAUUCAGUGUUAAGGCUGUAUCGGUCUUUCACUCUGCACCAUAAAGGACAAACCGCCUGCGUGUUAACACGGACUUCAGGGUGAAACUUUUCCUCGAACGUCCUCCGGUUUGCUUGUUGUCCAGAAAAGCUGAAAAGUCUCACGCAGCCCAGCCAGGAGACGCCAAAUUGUCGUGGAAAUUAGACAACACUCGCGGACUCAUCCGCUGAAGGAAUAUAUCACUGAGGGAAACGUAGAGCCCUGGGAAUAUCUAUAUGCCACCCAGAGAUGAUACAAAUUGGUUUCCAGGACAAAAAACUGACCUUGGCUAGCAUGGAAGAGCGGCAGCUCUCAACAUCAACUGAACACCAACUGGUGAAGACAAGAACAUGAUGUGUGGGGGAGAAAAGGGUUGCAUCUCAAAAGGAAGCCACUCCUCAUUUCAGAGAAAACGAAGCUCAAAGUUCAGUGCAAUCUCUCUCUCUGCGUUGGAGUUCAGGAAAAUGGCCGAGGCCAGUAUUUCAGUAGAUCAGCUUUCAGUGCAUCAGUUCAGCUGUCCAGUGUGUCUGCAUCUACUGAAGGAUCCGGUGGCGAUCCCCUGUGGUCACAGUUACUGUAUGUUGUGUAUUAAUGACUACUGGGAUCAGGAAGAUGAGAGCAGAGUGUAUCGCUGUCCUCAGUGCAGAGACACUUUCACUCCGAGGCCUGUUCUACGUAGAAACAUCAUGCUGGCUGAAGUGGUGGAGAAACUGAAGAAGACUGAAGUCCAAGCUGCUUCUCCUGCUCACUGUUACGCUGGACCUGGAGAUGUGGAGUGUGAUUUCUGCACCGGGAGAAAACACAAAGCCGUCAAGUCCUGUCUGAUGUGUCUGGCUUCCUCUUGUGAAACUCAUUUAAGACCUCAUCUUGAAAUUCCUGGUUUGAAAAAGCACAAGUUGGUCGAAGCUUCUGGAAAUCUACAAGAGAAGAUCUGCUCUGAGCAUGAUAAAGUGCUGGAGAUCUACUGUCGUACUGACCAAAGCUUCAUCUGUUAUCUGUGUAUGACGGAUGAACACAAAAGCCACGACACCGUCUCAGUUAAAGCGUACAGAACUGAAAAACAGAGAGAGUUAAAGGAGGAGCAGAUGAAAUCCCAGCAGAGAAUCCAGGAGAAGCAGAAGAAGGUACAGGAGCUGAAACAGGCUGUGAACACUAUAAAGCUCAGUGCACAGACAGCAGUGGAGGACAGUGAGAGGAUCUUUACUGAGAUGAUCAGCUCCAUGGAGAAAAGGCGCUCGGAGGUGACGGAGCUGAUCAGAGCUCAGGAGAAGGCUGAACUGAGUCGAGCUGAACGACUCCUGGAGCAACUGGAGCAGGAGAUCACUGAUCUUCAGAGGAGAGUCACUGAGCUGGAGCAGCUUCCACACACAGAUAAUCACCUCCACUUCCUCCAGAGUUUCCAGUCUCUUUAUGACUCUUCUGGAAGUGAGGACUCCCGCAGCAUCACUGUCAAUCAACAUCUCUCAUUUGAUGGAGUGAGGAAAUCUCUCUCUGCUCUGAAAAAGACACUCGAGGAAUUCUGCCAGGAAGAAUUCAUCAAAAUCCCUGAACGUGCUGCAGCAGUUCAGAUCAUUUUACCCUCAGAACCAAAGAGCAGAGAAGAUUUUCUGCAGUAUUUCUGUGAUCUGACUCUGGAUCCCAACACAGUAAAUUAUUACCUCAUUCUGUCUGAGAAGAACAGAGCGGUGACGUACAGUAUGGGAAAUCAGCAGUACUCUGAUCAUCCAGAGAGAUUUGACUACUACAGUCAGGUGUUGAGUAAGGAAAGUGUGUAUAGACGCUGUUACUGGGAGGUGGAGUGGAGCGGUGUUGUGUACAUAUCAGUCUCAUAUAAAGACAUCAGCAGGAAAGGGUGGGGUCAGGAGCAUUGGUUUGGAGGCAACAAACAGUCCUGGAGUCUGUGCUGUUCUUCUUUUUCUCUCUCAUUCUAUCACAACUACAUUUUGACUGAUCUCAGAGUUCCAUCAUCCUCCAGAAUAGGAGUGUAUGUGGAUCACAGUGCAGGAACUCUGUCCUUCUACAGCGUCUCUGACACGAUGAAGCUCCUCCACAGAGUCCACACCACAUUCACUCAGCCUCUAUACGCUGGGUUCUGGCUCGGCUUUUAUGGAUCAACUGUGAGAUUAAAUACAAACUUACUAAUGUGAUGUUUAUUAAAACGAGUAAAUAUAACAGAUUUCCUUUUUGUAUCAAUUUACUCAAAUAAAGAUGUAAUACGAGUAG